AGAGAGAGUGUGCGAGACUUGUAGAGUAAAAGAAGGAGCAAAUAAGAAGAGAGCGAGCAAGCGCCGUUAAAUCGGAUCACGUCCAUUUUAGCUAUAGCUGCAGUUCCUUUGUUAUUGGAUUUGUUAUACACCAAUUGCUGCUCCUGCCUCCUGCUUGGGACGUCGACGUCGUAAUAUGGAUUGUGGUGCUCUUGCCGCGCAGCAGCAGCAACUGAUACAACAACAGCAACAGCUACAACAUACACAACAACAACAUCUUCAACAGCACCCACGACAACAGAGUACGCUAAAUUGCCUGGAAGCAACAACAAAUAUAAUUGAGCUAACUAGCCAGGGGAUCAUCGUUGGCGGCGUUGCCAGCGAAGGAUCGGAGUCGAUUGGAGGAGGAGGAGGAGGAGGCGGAGGAGCUGGUGUCGGCAUUGGUGUUGCUGUUGGUGCAACUGCCAGUGGAAGUCCACAACACAAGUUGCUGGCCACUGGGGAUAACACGAGCGGCGCUGGCGCCGUCAAACUGCGCAAGCACAGCGAACGAUCGACGCCGGACGCCAAGACGCACGCCUCCUAUCGCAUCUCCAUGGCCAAUCUGGAGGAUACCCAAGAGUCCGAACUGGAUCUGAUACUCGGCGAGCUGAGCUUGCUGGAGACCCAGAUUAGCUACGGCGAGGCCAGCUUCCUGCCUGGUGUGGCAGCGGGCGUUGUUCCUGGUGGCUUGGGUGGUGCUGGUGUUGCAUCACCGCCGCCACCGCCACCGCCGGCUUUGGCCUCCGUUUCAGCCGCCUCGUCGCGCACACAUUCACGCACAAAUAGCAGCAUCUCCGGAGACGUGAGCACCACAUCGUCCUCGUCGGGCAUCUCCGAGAAUGGCAAUGGUCUGAACAGCGUUGGAGCUGGUGGUGCAGGUGGUGUUGUCAUAGGCGGACUGCCCACCGGCCACAUGACUAUGGGCAUUACGCUGGGCGUCGUAACGCCCCGUGAGCCACGCACUGAAUCCCCUGACAAUGAUUCAGCCUUCAGUGACACCGUCUCGCUGCUGUCCAGCGAGUCGUCCGCCUCGUCCAACACCUCGCUGCAGCAGCAACAGCAGCAGCAGCAGCAACAGUUGCUGCUACAACAGCAGAAGCUGCAUCUGCAGCAGCAGCAACAUCUUCAUCAACAGCCGCUGCAAUCCUCAACGAAGGCUGCCAAGAUUCAGUUGGCUCUGCACAAGCUGGAAAGUGCGACCAUCAGGCGGCUCUUUGUGAAGGCCUUCACGGCGGAUGGGGCAUCCAAGUCGCUGCUGGUGGAUGAGCGCAUGGGCUGUGGCCUUGUGACGCGCCUGCUUGCGGACAAGAAUCAUGUCCAGAUGCAGCCCACGUGGGCGCUGAUCGAGCAGUUGGGCGAUCUGCAAAUGGAGCGCCUGUACGAGGAUCAUGAACUACUGGUUGAUAAUCUGAUGACGUGGAAUUCGGAUGCGGGCAAUCGAGUGCUCUUUCAACAGCGUCCGGACAAGGUGUCGCUCUUUGUUAGGCCGGAGCUGUAUUUGCCCGGGCCACAGAUGGCGCCGGGCUGCCAGCAUGACGAGCAGACACGUCACAUGCUGCUGGAGGAGUUCUUCGAGACGCACGCUCAGCUGCAGCUGGACGGGCCGCUCUAUAUGAAGGCCGAUCCGAAGAAGGCCUGGAAACGGCAUCAUUUCGUCUUGCGCUCCUCCGGCCUCUACUAUUUUCCCAAGGAGAAGACGAAGAAUACACGCGAUCUCGCCUGCUUGACGCUCUUCAGCGGUCACAACGUCUACACGGGCAUCAAUUGGCGCAAGAAAUAUAAAUCGCCCACGGACCACACAUUUGGCUUCAAGGCUGCUGUGGACUCAUCUCUGGGCAAGUCGUGCCGUUCGUUGAAAAUGCUCUGUGCCGAGGAUGGGGCCACGCUCGAUCGUUGGGUAACUGCCAUACGCAUUUGUAAAUACGGCAAACAGCUGUGGCACAAUCACAAGCUGCUGAUGGAGGAGCUGUGCUCGGGUGGCGGCACAGCAGCUGGUGUUGGUGGCAGCUUUGCCGCCUCGAUGCGCAGUGAAUCGAUAAGCAGCAUCUCGUCGGCGGUGCCAUCGCAAUGUGGCAGCGUCUCAUCGGCCAUCAGCAGCAUGUCGAACUCGAGCAGUGGCCGCAUCUCGCGCGCCUCCAGCUCCAGCUCCAGCGGCUGUCUGUCGGAUGAGAAUAAUGCCUUCGAUUCGGAGUUCACGACCGGCACCAUAAAGCGCAAACCCUCCAUGAAGCCCAAUCUUCCAUUGACCACAAUGACGCGUCAGUUGAAGGAGGUGGGCGAAAUAACUACCGGACCAGUUGCAGUGGCUACAGCAGCAGCAGUCGCCGGCGGCGGCGGAGUGGCUGGUGACUCGGCUGCCUCGCCCGAGCGCAGCGGCACACUGACCCGCCGGCACAGUCGUCGCAAAUCGCAGGAGAGCAAUGGUAGCAGUGGUGGCACACUGAAGCGUCGCCCGGUGGUGCCAGUGAAUGCGUCUGUGAAGCGAGAUGUGAUUGCAUCGGCUUCGGCAUCCAUCGCCAACGAUGGCAAUUCGUCAUCAUCUUCGAAUUCAACGCCCACGCCAACGCCCAGCAUUUGUGCCAAGCCACCGCCAGGACUGAGCGAUGCGGAGCUGAUGUGUUCGUCGACUUUGUCGCUGGACUCGCUGCCACCGCCGCCACCGCCACCCGCUUUGCAUGCUGACGAACAGGAUGUGUAUGGAUCGCAGCUGUCGUUGGCCUCAUUGCCGCCGCCGCCGCCGCCCGAGGAGGUGCUCGCCUAUGUGGAGCCCACAUCCCCACUCACACCGACGCCCAUGUCCAUGGCCAUGUCGAUGGGCAUGGUCAUGCCCAAUAGUAAUGGCACACUGCCGCCGGCGGUGCCCGCCAAGCCCAUCAAGCCGGCUGUGAAGCAAACGCUAAAAGCAGCACCGCCCUACAAAGCGCCGCCCGACUAUGUGGGACCAGCUGCGGCAGCCGCUGCCCAGCUGCCGCCACCGCCCGUGCAGAAGAAGGUCUCAUUUGCUGACUCGCCGGUGCUGCUGCGGCGUAAGAUGUGCUCACCGGAGCCCCAGCUGCCGUUGCGUUCGCCCAGCACAACGCUCAGCAGCGGUUCGAACAGCAGCAUUGGCUACCAGCCGCAGUUGCAGUCGCAGCCGAUUUAUUCGCCCGGUCCACUCUUGCCGCCUCGCAGUGAUCUGUCCCGGCUGUCCGGUUGCAGUCAGAAUGGCAGCGAUGUGGUCACAUCGCCGAAGCGUCUGCAAGAGUCUGCAUCGAAUCCGCCGCGCGAUUUCCUCAAGGAUCUACAGCGUGUGAUGCGCAAGAAGUGGCAGGUGGCACAGAAAUGCAAACUGGAGCCGGCAACAACGCCGCACGAGGUGCUCGGCUUCCGUGACUUCAACAAUGAGGAUCUCCUAGCAGCCCACAAUUUGAACUCGGGCGCUAAUAGCUCGCACUAUUACCGCGAGACGGCGAACGUGAGCCAUUGGGUGCAGGAACAUUACGAAUAUGCGCACAAUGAAUACGCGCUCUAUGAGAACGUCCAUGCCCAGAGCAAUGGAGCAGCAGCAGCAACAGCAGCAGUAAUUGGAGGAGUUGCAACAAGCAUGGUGGAUGCAGCUGGUCCGCCACCGGUGCCACCGCCAGCAGCUGUGGCAGAUGCAACAGCGGCGCUGCGCAAAAAGCGUCCGCCGCCGCCGCCACCAAAACGCAGUGAUUCGACGCAUCUAACGCAUCGUGUCUAGAGUUUGCGCCAGUGCACUGAUUUAAUGAUCCUGUAACAACAACUGUGAAGCAUCUUCUAUCUUCGAUGAUCCGGCAGCAGCAGAAGCAGCAGCAGCAGCAACAAUUUCUACGUGUCUAAACUUAAGUGCAAAAACAAAUUCCUAACUAUGAGCAAAAAGAAACGAAAAGAACCCUAAAUACUAGUGCAUAAGUCUGGGGGGAGGGCGGCGACACGCCCACUUCUCAAGUAUUAUAUUCAGUUGAGCUUGUUAAAUUAUUUUUCUUGUGUGUGCGGCAAAUGUCACUCUCGAAAUAUUUAUUAAUUUAGACACUAUAUACGUAUAUACACUGCCCAAAAUACUAUGAAAUUCGAAACAAAAACAAUGCUUAUUUAAAUAAUAAUAAUGUUUCAUAAACUAUAAUAAUAUGAAUGUAUAAAUGUACCCAAUGCCUAAC